AGCUUCAAAAUAAAAAGGAAGUCUUCUCCCACUCUCUUCCUCGCCAGAUGCCCACUCCAUUCUUGGGGCAGCGGAGCGCUUGGAUUCGCUACAUUCCACCGGUUCCGAGCCGAAUCCCGUCGUGAAAUCGGAUGAGAUCUUGAUCCCUAGCUCGAGAUCUAUCGAUUUAGGGUUCUUUUCAGUGUUUCUGGCAUUGCCGAUCGAACACGGAAUUUUAGGUGUUCUUUUCCAAUUGAAUUCUGUUUGGCCUUUCUUCAUUCAAGGGGCUUAGAUGGGAUCUCUUUCCCAUGAGAGGAAGAGCGAUACCGGUGCUUCCUUCCCGUCGUCGAUUUCUUCCUCUCCCUCUCCCUCUCCCUCUCCCUCCCUUUGUUCGUCCAAUUCUUCGGGUGCGAAGUACAUCGAGCAUAAUGUGUCCAAGUUGGACACGCUUGCUGGCAUCGCCAUAAAAUACGGCGUCGAGGUUGCAGAUAUCAAACGGAUUAAUGGUCUAGUGAUGGAUCUUCAGAUGUUUGCUCACAAAUCAUUGCUUAUUCCUCUUCCUGGAAGGCAUCCCUCAUCUCCUCCUAUUCGAUCUAAUGGUUUUGUUGAUAACAGGGAUCGGACUCCUAUCUGUCAUCCUCAGAGAGAUGUCUUAGAUUCUCCCCAGCCAUUGAAGUCGAAAUCCCAACAACAUCGUGAAAUCUCGUCUGCCAUGUGUAGCUUGCGAAGAUACUAUGAUCUUCCACAACAUGAAAGGAGUCCUACAGCUGAAGGCACUGAAAUGACCUUAUACAAAACAGGUGGUGCACUGAACUCCAAAGAUGAACCACUUCCUAAAGUGUCACCGGCUUCUAACUCACAGCCUCGGAGGUCAAGAGGUUUCAUCAACAGCUUCCUUUCGGAAGAAGGUGACCUUAUGCAAGAAUUACUAGUCAGUAGAUCGGGGGAUUCCAGUGAUGGUGAGAAUUCCAAGACCGAUAAGCCUGUCAGGCGGCGUCAGAGAGCCGAUGUUGAUCCUUUCGGCAUCUCCGAGGCAGUUGUCAAGGAUGAGAGCCAAAGCCUCCUAGGAAGGAUGGUGAGAGGGUUAACCCCAAAGCAGUUGCUAGUGAGUUACAACGAUACUGAGUCGGCACGCCAAAGCACAAGUUCAUUGGAGGAGUCUCUUGUAGCCAAUGGGUUCCUCGCAGUAAGGAAGUCAUCAAGCACCCCGAGUUUGCAGGAAUCAGAAAAUGACUCUGUAUGGACCUCUUCUUCUAAAUGGACUUCGAAGCCUGAUAUUGUUACAAGGCCAAUUUUCUAUGGUCUAUCGAAACAGAUCAGUGUUUGGAGAAGCAAAGCUGCUCUAGAUUGAUCAUCCCACCAUAGAACCUGGCCACAGAAGGCUUAAUUUAUCCUCUGCUACGGCUGUGAGCAAUGUAAUAGAAAAGUCCAUGUGCUCGCUGUGUGCCACUUUAAUCUAUAAACUGCUUAAGGCUUCCUACAGUAAGUGGAAACUCCAAAAGUCCGGACAUAUAUGUAUUGGACACAGAUCUUUCGAUUCCAUAUUGCAUGUUUUACA